AUGACGGAAGGACUAGGCGAAGAUAAAUCCGCGAUUUCUCACGAGCCUACGGCCUUUGAGCAACGGGUCCAUGAUGAAGCCCUCGAGCGAUCACGCCGAGUCGCCAAGCGCCGCAAUCCCGAUAAUGCGUUCAUGAAAGCUCUGCACAAAAUCAUCCCGUACGGCGGCAUUGUAUCAUCUUCUUUCAAUCUCGCAAGCACAACAGUUGGUGCUGGGAUUGUGGCGCUCCCCGUCGCUUUUCAGAUGUCUGGCAUCGUUAUGAGUACAAUAUACCUCAUUGUUGUUGCCAUCAUGGUUGUGUAUUCCUUCGCUCUUUUGACUAGUGUUGGGGAGCGCACUGGAUUGAGGAGUUAUGAGCAAUUGACGCGCACUCUUCUCGGUCGCGGUGCGGACUACAUGGCAGCCUUAUGUAUGUGGUCGCUAUGUUUUGGUGGUGAGGUGUCGUAUGUCAUAUCCAUUCGCGAUGCCAUCGAAACAUUUGUGAAAAGCUCCGACGCUACAUCGGAGGGCCUGAGAUCAGAAUCAUCGAUCCGGCUCUUGACGGUGGCAAUUUGGUUUUUCUUCAUGCUGCCACUCUGUUUGCCGAAGGAAAUUAACUCGCUACGAGUGCUCUCAGCAUCGGCUAUCGUGUUUGUUCUCUUCUUCGUGAUCUGCAUUAUCAUUAACAGUGGUCACUUCCUCGCAGUCAACGGCAUGCGGGACGAUAUCAUUUAUUUCCAGAGUGGAAAUGCCAGCAUCAAUGGUUUGGGUAUCUUCCUGUUUGUGUAUGUGUCCCAGGUGAAUUGUUUUGAGGUGUACGAAGAAAUGUACAAACCGUCUGUGCGACGCAUGACGGUGAGUGCGAUGGCGGGGGCACUCAUGAGCUUCUGCCUGUAUUUCCUCGCUGGUUUGUUUGGUUAUUUGCAGUUCGGUAGUGAAGUAAACAGUUCCAUCCUGAAGAUGUACAACCCACUGACCGACGUAAAGAUGGGUGUGGCGUACGUCGGUAUUAUGUUUAAGAUAUGCGUGGGAUAUGGGCUUCACAUGUUCCCUUGCCGUGACGCUGUUUACCACGUUAUUGGUAUAAGCGUGCACACCGUUGCGUGGUGGAAGAACGCCCUGUUCUGUUGUGCAAUGGCUGUGGCUUCGCUAAUCGCUGGUCUGUUCAUCCCUGACAUCCGCAUGGUGUUUGGGCUCGUGGGUGGUCUCUCAGGUGGUUUCAUUGGUUAUGUCUUCCCUUCAUUAAUGUUCAUGUAUGCUGGUGGUUUUAGUGUAGCAGGCGUGGGAUGGGGACACUACCUCGGUGCAUAUGCCCUUCUUUUUGCAGGCGUCAUUGCCAUUACAUUUGGCACCGUCACAGCGGUUUAUGACGUGAUUGUGUGA